CUUUGAUUAAGGCAUGAGGGCCCAACUGAUAGCCCGGCGGUGACACUUACGCUAAUGGACUCACCCGUACGAAAAACAACAUCUCCAACUCCCUUUCCACCUCAAUCCAUAUACCACCUCCCCUGUGUUUAAACCAGUUUAUUUUCCCCGGCUACUAUUCAUACCGCGUAUUCGCAGGCCACAAUGUCGCGAACAUGGGAAGUCGAUCCCGAGACACGGACAAAGUUCUAUGUAUCGCAUAUUGAACAUGCAUAGCUUGUCCAAAUCUCCAAGUCAAAUGGGAAUAACAGAUGCUGCGACUGCGGCGCCCCAUCGCCUCAAUGGGUUCGUUGUAAUUCCUAUUUACCCCGUUCUAGGUAUAUAUGUAUCAUACGCCAAUUUUUACAAAACAAAUGACCAUCAGGCAUCUCCGAAAUUCGGCACAUUCAUCUGCCUCAACUGCGCCGGUACGCACAGAGGACUAGGUGUGCACAUCUCCUUCGUGCGCUCCGUCACGAUGGACGCCUUCAAAAGCUCCGAAAUCAAACGCAUGGAGAACGGCGGGAACGAACCGUGGAUAUCCUUCUUUGACUCGCACCCCAUCACUAUCUCCGAGGGCCGGACGUUCGAGGACUCGACCAUCAAAGAACGCUACGAGGGCGAGGUCGGCGAGGAGUGGAAGGAGAGACUUACCGCGAAGGUAGAAGGGAGGCAGUAUGUCCCAGGACAGACGAAACAGAAGACACCAGUGAAUAACGUGGAUCCCGGUUCGCGCUCGGGGACGAGUACGCCGUUGAGCGACCAUUUAGAUCGCGAGGAUCCGUUGGGUAGGAAGGAGCGAAACGAGGCUUAUUUCGCGAGAUUGGGAUCAGAGAAUGCCCUGCGUCCUGACGACCUCCCCCCGUCGCAGGGAGGGAAGUAUGCUGGGUUUGGUGGUGGGAUGCCGCCGCCGUCCAGUAGUGCGAGGUCUCAAGGGGGCGUUCCUGGGUUUGACGAUUUCCAGAAAGAUCCUAUGGGUGCUCUAACUAAGGGAUUCGGAUGGUUCGCGUCAACUGUCGGAAAGAGCGCCAAGUCUGUCAAUGAUAGCUAUAUUCAACCUACGGCCAAAACGCUAGCACAAUCCGACUUCGCCGCCCAAGCCCGCCUCCACGCCGCAAGUCUGGGCCAAAACCUCCAAGCCGGUGCCCGUGGCGCCGCGGACUCCUUCACCCGCUUCGUAGAAGGUCCCGACGAUGCCUCUCCCGCUCGCCGACGACAGGAACCAGAACGCAAAGACUUCUGGGACGAGUUCUCCUCCAUAGCCUCAGAUAGUAACAGAAAGCCCACCGGGGCUAUCGGGACAGCAGCUAUGAAACCAGGUCCAAGCACAACCAAGGAUAAGGAUUGGUGAUUGCAUUGUGAUUUGCGGGUAUAGAUGUCUUCACGUUUACGUUGAUGCUUUAGUUUUUUUUUUUUUUUUUUUUUUUUUCUUUCAAACUUUACCUGGCCUGACUUUCUUUUUUAUUAUUUAAUUAUUAUUAUUAUUAUUAUUUCCCUGGCUCGAAUUAUUGCCUCGAUGUUGAAAUAGAUGUAUGUGUGGUUUAAUAGUAUACUUUUCUUCCAUCUUACUCACGUUUCCUGUGCGGUUUUCAUCGUCUGCGGUCUUGGACGGGGUCACGGUCUCGGGAUGCUUUUUAUUCUUCCAGUUCUUAAGAACAUUCUGUAGCGUAUAGCAAGGCUCUAUACAGUUGCAGAGUUACAGGGAGACAGUCUAGACACUUUUACACAG